AUGAUCAUGUUCGUGGACAGCUUCUCGCGGUGGAUGAAGCUGUACGGGAUGAGGCGCAAGUCGGACACCCUCGCCUUCGUCAAGAAGUUCCUCGCCGGCAUGAGUGGCACCGGUGUCCCUCGUUCUUUCCGGAUGGACAACGGGGGGGAGUUCGUCAGCCGCGACUUCAUCGCCUUCUGCGACAACGCCGGCAUCCGCCGUACGUACACGGCGCCGGGCACCCCACAGCAGAAUGGUCCGGCGGAGAGUGCGAUCUGGCGCGUGAACAAGGCCGGCCACGCCGCUCGUCUCGAGGCACCCCGCCUGUUCCCCAAGAUCGACUUCACCCGCGUCCCCGGCUUCGGGCGCGAUGGCGAGCGACUCUGGCUAGAAUCGUGUCACUGGGCUGCCGGCGGCUUCAACCGUUCUCCGACCAAGGCAAACGUCGGGUACAAGUCGCCGCACGAGCUCUUCACCGGUCGCCCGCCACCGCUCCAGAUCGUCCCGUUCUUGCAGCCGGGGUAUAUGCGUGUGACGCGCGCGAGGAAGAUGGAUCCCCAGGCAGUGCUGUGCUGCUACCUCAACAACGGCGACAACCAUCACGAGUCGGCGGUCAAGGUCCUCAAGUUCGCGACGGGGCGCGUGUGCAUUACGAACAACGUCGUGUGGGUCUCCGAGCCCGCGCCGUUGCUGACCCCGCCGCUGGAGAUGCCGGUGCCGGCGGGCGAGGGUGGAGAUUCGGAUGUCGCCGCCGCACCGUUUCUAAUUGAGUACAUUCCGCCGCCUCUGUUACCCCCCUCACCGUUCGCCCGAUAUCCCACUUCACCCGCUGCCACAUCCUCACAGGCGCCGCCGGCAACUUACACACCAUCAUCGCCGGCGGCGCCGUCUACCGCAGCCACACUAUCGCCACCGGUCACCGCGCCGCCUGCAACGCCACCGUUCACCACCACCGCGCCACGUGCAACGCCCCUCGCCGCCGCGCCACCGUUCACCACCACCGCGCCGCCUGCAACGCCGUUCGCCGUCGUGCCACCGUCUCCCGCCGUCGCGCCUCCCGGUGCCGCGCCAUCGACCAACAUGCCGCCGCUCACGACGAGGACCAUCCGUGAACUGGACGUGGGGCGCGGGGACAUGAGGGUUUCUGGGCGCACGAGGGCAGCCGCUAAGAACCAAGGGGGGGGGCGGGCGUCGUCAAUGCCGCCCCUCUCUGCCAGGGCCAAUCGAGAGCUGGACUUGGGACGAGAGACGCGUGUGCCAGGGAGAUUGAGGGGUCGGGGGGUGCGUUUCCAGGAUGGGGAGGGCGAGAGGUCGACGUCACCUGGCGGGAGCGGCGACGCUCCCGCCCACCGCUUCGGGCUUGUAUCCCUGCAGGACAAGGCAACGCUCCUGUCGACUCUCACCACUCGCAGCGUCGUCGAUAGGGAGAGAAAGGAGAUCCUGAGAUCAGCCGGAGGACGUGAAGGAGCGGAGCCGAAGGACUGCGUGAACAAGGAGGCUGUGUCUUCUGAGUAUGCUGACUUGUGGAUAGACUCUGUAGAGUGGGAGUUCAGAGGUCUGAUGGAGGCUGGUACCUUUGAGGAAGCAUCAAGGCAACGGCAUUCACACUUGGCGAAAUGUUUGAUUUUUUGGGGUUUUAUUCAGUGCCUGGCGGAUACGUGUGUGUUUCGGUUGAUCGAGGAGGGAGGAGUGGUAGUGACUCUGGUAGUACAUGUGGAUGACAUAUUUUCGAUUGGAGAGGAGGAGAGGUGUGACCAAUUUGGUAGGGACCUCAACACCAUGGUACCGGUGAAGAAUCUUGGUGACUUGAGAUGGUACUCUGGAUGUUUUCAUGAGAGGGAUUGGGAUGCAGGGACUUUGAAGCUCUCGCAGCAGACACACGCUGAAGAGUUGGGGAUGGAGUUUGGGGUAAAGUACGGGAAGGAAAUUCCUUUUCCGAUAGGGCUGAAGCUUUCAGAGUUUGACCAGGAUAAGGAAGUGGUCUUGGUAUUUUGGGGGUUGAGCAUGGAGGUGUUCGCAGACGAAGAUUCUGCAAGCAAGGCUGCCGAUAGGAGGUCUGUGUCAGGAGGCUUGGUGAUGUGUGGGGGGGGAUGUAUUCCUUGGUUUUCAAGGACGCAGAAGUGCGUUACGUUGAGCACGACAGAGGCGGAGUAUGUCUCCCUUGCGGAUGUGAUGAAGGACGUGUUGUUUCUGAGGCAGGUAUGGCGUUGCAUGUUGCCAGAAGCAGGCAGGAAGGAGAUUUCGAUUUUUCACGUGGAAUCAGCGUAUCAACAUGCUGACUUCCUCACGAAGGCACUUCACGUCGGAGAUUUUGAGUUUCAUCGUAAUUUCGUGAUGAGUCUGGGACAGGAACGGUAGAUUUGGAUAUACUUGUAUUUGAUCAAAGAACUAGGGUGGCAUUGUUUUACAUUUUUGCGUAUGGUCUUCUCAAUGAAUGGUGCCCUAGGAUGGGGGGCAAUUGGAUCGCUAUGAUUAUCGAAGAACAACAACUGGAAUAAUCGGGGAUGGAAAUAUAUUUCUAGCCCAGAAGGCAAUUGUUGCAGAUUUGAGUUGUGCUUUGGAUUCUAUUUUCUUGUGUUUUUGGAGUUAUUGAAACAUCAUGAAGACAUGGCAUAGUCACAAGCAGGGGGGCUGAUAGAU